UGUAUUCUUCUGCAAUUGUUUACGUCUGGAUGGCGCAUGCCCCCGUUGUGCUUAUUUUCAAUUGUUUUCGGCAAAAUAUAUGGAUUAGAUCGAGCCGGGCAUUGUAAAUCGACCAAACAUCAUCCAAGUGAUUUGUCCGCGACACUCCAACGUCGGGUUGUGCUGUUUUGGGCGUGACUGCAAUGAAUAGUUCACUAAUUGAAAAAUUCUUGUUCGCGUGUUAACUUACUAAUGCGAGAUUGGCACUUCGAGCUUUGCGAUAAUCUUGACAUUCUGAGGGACUCGAAAGGUAGAAGGCGAUAAUGGUUGUCUUCACUUCGUGCUGGUCGCCGUUCAUUUGGACAAACUCCGUCAAGACCGGGAGCUAUGCGAUUGCAUACUACACAGUGGCAAUAUCCGUGGUCCUGAUAACGAUGGUCUGCUACAUGCUCGCCGGGGGAGAGUCGACGCAGCUGUACUCCCCCUUGUUUGAGGCGGAUAUUCGGUUCUCGAUGCCACUUUUCGGGAGCAUUUUCAUCAUUUACUUCCUCUUUUUGAUUGUGUCCUCGUAUCUCUUGUACUACGGCAUCAAAACAUGCACGAGAGGAUGGAUGUUGCCGUGGAUGGGCCUGUUCGGGCUGGGCAUCUUGUUCCAGUUUGUUUUCGGUCUUUGGUUAAUUGGCGGCUACUAUAUUUAUCUGGACGCUACCUUCGCUGCCCUCGUUCUCUGGGCCUGGAUGAGCUACAACAUCUAUUGCUGGCUCUGCGUCUAUUCACAAUAUCAAAUAUUCGUUGAGAUCCAGAAUCCGAACAUAGAACUCCUGAUGCCGUGAAGACCCGCACAAAUCCCAAGUCGACAGGCAAAAAGCGCACAAAGAAUAGAAUUCGCUUUCGAGUCACCACCAUGAGUCUGUGAGACAUCAAACCACAUAUCCCGUAGAUUAUCACUUCUUAGAGAAUAUUUUUGUAGCUGAAAGUAGUUUUAGGUGAAAUUCGCCCACAGAUUGCAAAGCUUUUUGCUUAUUUAUGCGCAUUCCAGGCGGAACCUCAUCAUUCCCGACACUGAGUAACUUUAAGACUUAACGAUGCCGUCCCUAAUUGUAAUCUCGAUUUGCAGCACGUACGCUCCGGCCAGCGUAUGGAAUGUAAAUUUGAUCUUUCCAUUAAUGAAAGUGACAUAUUAUUUAAUAUUAUCAAAAGUACAAUAUUCUAAUUAUUGUUAGAGGAGUUUUUAUUAGACAAAGUAAAAAAAAU